UUUUACUUAAAAUAAAACGUUUGUAGCAUUUAGUCUAUGUUUCCAUAGACCUAUUCCUCACAUACAUACAGAGGAAACGUCUUUAAUACCAUGUAACAGUAAGAACGUUUGAAUUAGCUACCUAGGCACAGCUCUGUCUCUAGAUGUAGCUUAGCACGAGCUAAGGUUUGCUAGCUUGUUUCAUAGCUGGACCAACCCCGUGUUGAUGCUGAAGCUUCGUAAAGAACCGCAGCAUGUACCCCCACAGCCCUGCACCAAGGGGGGCAUCAGCCUACAGUAACGGCCUGUACUCACAACCCCCUGCGCCUAGGUAUUAUGAUUACAACCACCAAAGCCCGACAGAUGUCAACAGCUUUUAUGUUCCUAGAGUUCAGAGGUUGCCUCCAUAUGAAUGGAAACACCCACCAUCCACCGCUUCUGUCUCACUUCCUCAUACACCAAAUAUGACCAGUGGGCACAAGAGGCAGAAUGGCCAAUAUAGCCCCCAUGUUGUAAAGCGCCAACGCCUCGAUUCCUCUCCCCACCCGCGGAUAGGCUCCCCUGUAAUUCGGGGCCCUCCUCCCCCUAGUCGCCCUGACCAAGUGGUGACUGGGUCUUUGAGGCCAUCCUUCAAUGAUUUUGAUGACUCUUAUCCCAGCCCACACUCCCAUUCCCACCAUCAUGGACUUGCUGGUCCAGAAAGCUCCAACAGCCUGCAGGCCUACGCUAAGGACAAGCUGAGUGAUCAGAUGGUGGAGCUGUUUGAGGCAUGUCAGCAGCAAGCUUCUGAUUUGACUCAGAAGGAGAUAUGCCGAGCUCGGCUUCAGCAAGACAUACAGUGUGUCUUUGCAGAUGCACGGCUUUACUUGACUGGAUCUUCUAUGAAUGGACUGGGCUGCCGGAGCAGUGAUGCAGAUCUAUGUCUGGUCCUCAAAGAAAAAACAAGAGCGGAUCCUCUUCUUCUGCUCUCGGCCCUCCAAAGAUUAUUCAAAUCACUCUCAUAUUUGGAGAGGACUCAGCUGAUCAGAGCCAAAGUGCCGAUCCUCAGGUUCAGAGAGAAAGGCAGUGAUUUGGAGUUUGAUCUGAACAUAAACAACACAGUGGGCAUCAGAAACACAUUCCUUCUGAGGAGUUACGCCUAUGCUGAUCUCAGGAUAAGACCCAUGAUCCUUGUCAUCAAAAAGUGGGCACGACACAAUCAAAUCAAUGAUGCCAGCAAAGGAACACUGAGCAGCUACACACUGGUGCUGAUGGUCCUGCACUACCUCCAGACUCGUAAAGAACCUGUCCUUCCUUCUCUGCAGAGGGACUAUCCAGAGUGUUUUAAUCCCUUCAUGGACAUUAACAUGGUUCCAGAGGGAUCCAAACAAGUCCCCCCCUACAUCUCAAGAAAUCCAUCCUCUCUGGGAGAUCUGUUUUUGGGCUUUCUCAAAUACUAUGCCAUGGACUUCAGGUGGGAUAAGCAGGUGAUCUCUGUUCGAGAGGGCAGAGCUUUGCCUAAGCCCAGUUCUAAAGAGUGGAGAAACAAAUACAUAUGUGUAGAAGAGCCAUUUGAAAAGAAUAACGUUGCCAGGGCAGUCCAUGAGAAGAUGAAGUUUGAUGCCAUCAAAGCCCAGUUUGUGGAGUCAUGUCAGAUACUGCAGCAGAGGAAGGACCUGGACUCGAUCCUCCCAGUCAGAGCCAUCAUUAAUAAAGAGUCAUCCAAGAGAUAAGAACAAGCUGACUGGAGGCUUCUACCACAAGACGGGCCUGUGCCCUGAAAUGAUGAGAGACCUUUGGGAUGCGCUGAGAGGAGCCCUGCUGCCUCUGCACCUCACAGCCAGAAAGAAUCUGGGACUAAAAGCUGCGACUGCCUGCAGAUUGGUCCCAUACUAUGUGUCCUAUGGCAGUACCUGUUGAAUUUACUGCAUCAGUUACUCGAUUGCUUUUGCAGAAUUUCUGUAAUGGAUAUUAUUUUAGUAAACAAGUGGAAAUUAACAUAAAAUAUUUGUGGAGUGACACCAGAAGACUGAAAUCAAAACUUAAACCGAGAGAUGCUGCACUGAAGCAUGAGAACAAUGGUCAGUGUUAUUAGAGGUGGUUAUUGCUGCUACAGGCCAUUCUUCCAAAUGCACACAGUGGAAAGUAGCUAAAAACUAUAAGAUACAAAAUGGUUCCAGUAAUCUGCUCAUAUCUGAAGCUGUCCUAAAUAGAAGCCACAGUAGUUAGGUUGGAAAGCCUAGUCUCAGCCACAUUUAUCUCUGCUCUUAGUUUUAGUUACAUCCGCAUUCACAUCCAGCCGUACUGCUCUUAAGAUUAAAAGAUAAUUAGUUACCACCACAUAUGUUUAGUGUAUAUAGUCUAUUGCCUAUCUGGACCAAUGUGUAACAUUAAAGCCUUUUUUCUAUUUUUCUGAGUCAGUGGCAAAGUAAGAACAUUUUUCUAAACAUGCAUUAAAGGCCCUCUCCUUUUUCAGCAUCACUGAGUUUUUAAGCUGCUCUGAAAUCUGGGCUUGUUAUUGUGUAUAAGUUAGUGUCACAAAUUAAAAGAUUCUGAGGUGAUCACUGGAGAGUUGUGAAGAGACCGCAGCCUGGAUAUUGCCUCUCCUUGUUUGUAUUAUUUCCUAACAGAUGUCACUUUUAUGCUGCACCCGUUGACUGUUCACAGUCAUAAGUUAUUUAAAGGAUUUACACUUUUGAGUGGAACCUUUCUUCCCUCUUUUCUAUAUUUCCUCAGCUCUUUUGUACAUUACUGACUUUUAAAAGUUUCUUAAAAAAAAAUCAUAUCUGAACAUGUAUGAUUGUUUUCACUUUAUAUCUUGAGCUUUUGAGCUCUAGGUGAAGCCCAAUAAAUUCUUGGCUAUGUUAAUAGAAGUGCCAAAUCCAUAUUAAACUGUACACUUGUA